GUCUGGGACAUGCAGCGUCUUGGAGGUAAUGCAUCUUAAUUCAGCGUCCAGUGCCCGCCCCGAGGCGGGGUGUGACCUCAUGGAGCAGAUCGCUCAGCAGGAUAUACAAAUCUUGGCCGAAUCGACCCUAAGGGAAAUUAGUCUAGGUCCCAUGGUGAAAUUCACCUCGGCCUGUGAAGAAUUUGGGAAAGUCAACCGCGUAUGGCAAUGCCUGUUGGAAACAUUCUCAACGUCAUCUUUGAGCCAUACUCAUAAUACGGCUGCUUGCAAUGCGCUGAGCUCGUUUCUUGACACAGCAGCCAUUUCGAAAUGCCCAGAGACGAAGCAAUUGGCUUUGUCCCUGGAGACAUGGGUUGCUGUGUACGAGAUAUUGUUGACCCGUUAUAAAGAUGCCAAGCCAAAGCCAAUGAAACAGGUCUUGGAUAGUUUAAUGGGGCUCCUAAUCAAAAACCCAGACGACAAUGUCAAGUCAUCAAUUCGAUCGUAUGCUGUGCAUGCGACAUUGCCUAGUAUCAUCACGGGGGAGCCACGGUCGCGCACCAAGGCAUGCUUCCUGUCCCUGGAGGUUAUGCUUCGCAAAAAUGCCCUUUCUCCUAUGGAGUUGGUCUCUGCCGCUGAAAUUUGGCUCUUGAAGAAUCAUGAGAGAUGGACUCCGCUCUAUCAAGUGAACUGCAGUGCCUUGUCGAUGGAUAUACCCAAGUUUCUCGCGGGUUCGGAAGAUGACCCAAAGACAGUAGCAACGGAAAUACUGGCCCUUGGGUUCCUGACGCAGGCCAAAACGUCCGAUCUUGCUACAGGAUCUGGCGCAACCAUGGCAGUCUUCUUCCAGAAACUUAGAGCAUCGACUCCGGACUCAAACUUGGCGUCGGCCUGGGUAAAGCCGGUCAGGCACGUUGUUCUGCAUAAUAUGGAUAUAUUGGAGAUGAUGUCCACCUACAUCCUCGACCCUCUGUUCAAUGUCGAUGCUAUUGGCUUCCGAAAUUUCCUCGAGACCCUGCCUAUAAAAAAUUUGCUCACAGGAGACAUGAGCGAUGCCCCGAAGGACGACCUGACACUUCUCUUUGCAUCGCUACAAAUGGCAAAGAAGAAUGGCCUUGUCCAUGAAGACCAUUUUUUCGCCAAAGCGGGCGCCGCUGAAAAGACUGGCUCUAGCCCGUUGGUCUUGAAAAGUCAGAUCCUCGGCCAAUUUCUCUUUCACAAUGAUAUGAGCAUUAGAAUAGCCGCCCUUUCACUGCUUAUCACUGCACCGUCCACGACGAAGCCCAUGUCAUUCGCUACCACCCGCGCAAUCUUGAGAGGACUCCCUUCAAUGCAUGCCGAGUCGGACUCGUACUCCCGCGGAGAGAUUCUGAGCUUGGUGCGGAGAUUCAUUGUCCGUCUUAAAGGGGGCAUUCUGAAGGAAGAAGGUGGCUUGGUGGACGCGAAAAUCCCGACCAACAAGAAACAGUCCAUUAUAUACGCCAGAGAUGAUGCGGAGACAGAAUCGUGCUUGAAGCAAUACAUCGGGUUCUUGAAGUCCGAUCUGCGACCUACGGCUUCCUACCCUCGCCAUAUCACAGCAUUAAAAACAUUGAUAUUUGUUUUAGAGUCCGGCUUGGAUAGUCGGUUCGACCGUGUCACGGCUAGCAAAAAGGAAGGAUGGCAGGUUGGAUGGCGAUGCAACAUGCAGAUAUUCGAUGCGAGCUUACUCAGACUACUCGUGGAUCUUCUGACCGAUCCAUUCGAAGAAGUGCGCGCUACAUCCCUCACCGCAUUGAAAUGGUUCCCAGUGGAUGUUUUACUGGCUCAAGGCCAAUUGCCCGAGGAGACCCCGCCGUUUAUUGAAGCCUUGAUGAAAGCGGAGCAACUAGCAAGCAACACAAGCAGGGCUGAUCAUGCCGACACAGUAGCGCGGCUUUAUGAUGUCCUUUUCAACGCAGCAGCAACGGGGGAGGUGAAGACGGAUGCUCGAUGGUGGGAAACGAAAACCAGCGUGGUAGACAGGCUUCUAGGGAAACUCGAGGGCAAACUGUCUGUUGCAGGCGGCCUCUUCAAUUCUUCCAUGCGCGACGCUCCCCUCCAUGGCUACGUCUCUGCUUUAAGGUACAUCGUGUCCGUACCGAACUUCCAUUCUCUUGUCUCGACCGCAGACUCUCCCAACUAUGAUAAUUGGAGAUUGAUCCACCAGAGGAUAAUCUCCAUCUCGGACAAGAUUUGGGAAGAAGUGAAACCCGUGUUAUGUGUCGACUCCCCUGAAGGCCAUACAGAUGAGCCUGUUGAAGAUCUCGAUGUCGGGCCGAAGGACAUUCUUUCUUAUUCGUGGCGUGCACUACGAGAGUCAAGUCUUCUCCUCCAUGCGACGCUUGCCAAUCGGACGUACGGCCCGUCAGGAGAAUUAGGAUUGAACUUCGAUGACUACGACAAAAUUGGGACGUGCAGCUUCACUCAACUCGCCGAGCUUCGCCACAGAGGUGCCUUUUCGACUGUGUCCCAGACCUUUGCCACGUGCUGUCUUCGGUGUAGCCAAACCAACGACCCGACCAUCGGUAGCCUUACACACCGGUGGUAUCAGGAUGCCAAGCGAAUCAUAUUCGAGACAGCUUCGAAGCUCACUCGCCGCUCUGCCGGUCUCCCCGCAUUGGCUACGGGGAUUCUCACAUCGCAGCCCGGGGGCCCGUUGUUCAAACAGGUCAUGGAAGACUUGCACGAGAUUUCCCACUUGCCCGUGGAACACAACCCCGACGAACAGAAUAUCCCCCUACCUCAAGUACACGCCAUGAACUGUUUGAAGGACAUCUUUACCAACACAAAAUUGGGUCCUUACACAGAGCCGUUCAUCAUGCCUGGUUUGACGCUAUCGGCAGAGCGACUGGGGUCACCAAUCUGGGCACUCCGAAAUUCGGGAUUGAUGCUGUUCCGAGCUUUAUUGAUACGUAUGUGUCGCCACGGAUCUGGUUUGGGCUUUGGCGGCAGCUCAGGCUCCGAGCCUGGCUACAAGGUCUCAUUCCAGAAAUACCCAGGAUUGGUCGAACUACUGGCAAGCCUGCUUGAGACCACAUCAGCGAAUGACCAGGAUGCUAGUGGGGACGAUACCAUGGUCACAGAAAGAGUGUUCCCGGCAAUGGAGCUGAUUGCAGAGAAGAUUCCUAACGUGAUUGGUGUCGAUGACGACAUGCUGCGAAGAUUAGUUCAGAAGCAACUCCACAGCCGAGUAUGGGGCAUCCGCGAGCACGCCGCUCGGGUGUAUGCUUCCUUGCUGGACCGAUUGGACAUACUUAGCGGCGUUCGUGCAUUCGUCAAGGAUGGCUCUGAUACGGAGGAACAGAAUUACCUCCAUGGAAGAGCGCUGUGUGUGAAGUAUUCUCUGCGCCGGAUUGCGCCGACGUCUCUUGCACUAUGGAGGGAAAAUAUGAAUGAGAUCGCUUCUACCGUGAGACACAUCUUUGGGGCAUGGUUCCAGGAUGCCGAGUCGCCAUUUGUUGCUACCACGUUGCUGGAAAUCUUGAGUGACUUUGUUGAGAAGGCUGUUGAGUCAGAGUCGGAAGAGAAGACAGGGUUCACUUUGAACUACCUGUUCGAUACUUACCACUUUGGAGAUAUCCUGGACUUCAUACUUGACUCGUCCCACCCAUCGUGGAGAGCCCUGAGCGGCACACGCGCUUGCUCUCUGCUCCGCAGGGAACUCUCAUGGGUCAACAUCCUGCGAUUGUUUGUCACGAAUGAUUUCGCAGAGCUGGGACCAUUCUUCGAGAAGGUCUGCCGAUUCGACUCCAAUGCUGCCCAGUGGCUAUUGGAGCGAAUGAACGAUAUCUUUUCGGGCAAGCAAAAAUACAGAACUGCUCUGCUCAGCCACUUCUCCUCUGUUAUUGUAGGGGAUUACGCAGAAGAAGUCAGAGGAGUGGCCAUUUCGUGCCUCGCAACUAAUCUGGAGAGCUUGCUUAGCUGCGAACCUAGCAGCAUCAAGGAAAUGGACAUGCCAUGGGAACUUCUAGAUAAGAAGAUCAACUCUAAUCCGAGCAACUACAUACGGAACAGAGACCGUUCUGAUGCCGACCUCCGCUUGCAAGGGUGUCUUAUCGCAGCGAUGGCUAUUCUCCAUCCUAGCAAGGAUCUGCAGCUCGCUACAGGCCAAUGGGCAACAAAGCUCCGAUUCGCAAUGCUGGAAGAGACUGAAUUUACGACGCGGUUCGCAGCAGUGUCAUCCCUGGCCUCGUUUGGCCGAGUCUUGCGCCCGGCCAGGAUGUCCCCACGUACAGAAGACGUCUUCCUCGACGUUUACCUGAUCUUGUACGACAUGCUCAAUGACGACGACGAGGAGCUCCGCGACCUUGCUGCCUCAACGGCCUCAUGGGUCCUCUCGUGUUCCUCCGUUUCGCCCGCGAAAUCCAUCUCCCUGUCUCCGCUGAACGCUAGCAGACUCUUGUCAGAGUUCAUCGCAACCAACUAUCGAGACUCGCAGCUCUUGAAUACGCGAGUCCUGCGAUAUGUGCUAGGUCAGGAACCAAGACUCGGGAGCGCCGUUUCAGGAACGAAACUCGUCCCCGUGGCAGACGUUGCCGCCGAGCUGCAAAAGGAGAGCACCGUUCUUUUCGAGGAGGAGAAGCAGAAUCUGUUUAUCGACGAGGUCCGCGAGAUCGACGUUUGGACGGGGGUGCUGUCUUCAUUGACGAAGGACGCUUGCGCGGAGGGAUCUAUCCGGGACCUGUGUGGGUGGGUUUCUGAGGGGCUCGAAUGUCUCGCAAAAGCCGCUACUGAGGCCUCUGGACACGAUGGACUGAUCGGAUGGGCGUCGAAGCCGGAGAUGUAUGCGCUUGGGGUGCGGGUGAUCAGCCUCGCGGGUGUCUUUGUGUCUAGCGAAUUUGCUGCUGCUGUGUAUAUUUCCGGGGAGAAGGAUGCUUUGAAAGAGAAACUCCAGGCGUUGCUUGCUGGAGGUAGACAAGCAGAUGUUCACAAGGAUUGGUUGUUGAGGAUAGAGGAGGCUUUGCAGUGUUCAUGAGAUAUGAUAAAGGGCAUAGAUAAAAAACUAGAUA